AUGUUACGGAGAAGUCUGCCCUGUGCGGCGAGGUGUGCGACGCUUUUCAGCGCGGCAAGGACGCAAUUGAGGUUCCAGUUGAGAUGCUACGCAUCGUAUCCGGCACACACGGUCAUCGGGAUGCCCGCGUUGUCGCCUACCAUGACCCAGGGGAACCUGGCCAACUGGGUGAAGAAGGAGGGUGAUGCUCUCGCGCCCGGCGAUGUUAUUGCCGAGAUCGAAACGGAUAAGGCGCAGAUGGACUUUGAGUUUCAGGAGGACGGGUUCUUGGCGAAGAUCCUGGUCCCGGAUGGAACCAAGGACAUCCCAGUGAACAAGCCAAUAGGUGUGUACGUCGAGGACGCUAAUGAUGUCCCCGCGUUCAAGGACUUCAAGCUUGAAGAUGCUACUACUACUUCUACUGCUGCUGCAUCCCCCUCUGCGGAACAGCCCGCGAAGGAGUCCGAGAACGCCAAGGAGCCCGAGAAGCGCCCCGUGCUCUCUUCUGGAGCUGCUGCAGCGACUGGUUCAGCACCCGCCGCUGGUUCCGAGGGAAGGAUUAUUGCCUCGCCGCUCGCUAAGACGAUUGCCCUUGAGAAGGGGGUCUCGUUGAGACAGGUCACGGGCACGGGCCCUCAUGGUAGAAUAGUGAAAGCUGACGUUGAACAGUUCUUGGCUAACAAGCCGGCAGGGGAGAAUGCACCCGCACCCACGCCCGCUCAAUCGAAGGCGGGUUUUGCCGCUGCUGCUUCACCAGCACCACCGGUGGCUGCGGGCGGGAAGUAUAAGGACAUCGAGGUGACGCAAAUGAGGGGGAUCAUCGCUGACAGACUGUUACAGUCUACGCAGUCGAUCCCCUCGUACAUUGUUUCGACGAACGUGUCCGUGUCCAAGUUGAGCAAGUUGCGGAAGUCGCUGAACGCGACGAGCAACGGCAACUACAAGCUCUCGAUAAACGACCUCCUUAUUAAGAUCAUCACCGUGGCCGCCAAACGUGUGCCCGAGGCGAACUCGUACUGGAUGGGCAAUGAGAAAGUGAUCAGGCAGUUUGAGAACGUCGACGUGUCCGUCGCAGUGGCCACCCCGUCCGGUUUGCUGACGCCAAUAGUCAAAAACGCGGACACUAAGGGUUUGACGGCGAUCUCGAGGGAGGUCAAGGAGUUGGCCGGACGCGCCAAGAUCAACAAGCUGAAACCCGAAGAGUUCCAAGGCGGUACCAUCUGUAUCUCGAACAUGGGGAUGAACCACGCGGUCAACAUGUUCACCUCGAUCAUCAACCCGCCCCAAUCCACCAUUCUCGCGGUGGGGACUUUGCAGAAGAUUGCAGUGGAGGAUGCCGCCGCGGAACAUGGUUUCACAUUCGACGAACAGAUCACCAUCACAGGUACUUUCGACCACAGAACGAUCGACGGAGCCAAAGCGGGAGAGUUCAUGAGAGAACUGAAGCGCGUGACAGAAAACCCGCUCGAACUCUUGCUCUGA